AUGUUACACGACGGCGACAGGGAGGAUGAACAACAUUCAGAUGACCGAUCCCCAGACAAGAGUCAGAACGUUGAACAAAAACUCGACACGGCGUGCAAGACGUUUGACUACGCUGCCUUCAUUGCAGACCCCUUUCGAGAACAAAGUCAGAGAGAUGAUGCUUUCCAGCGAAAGCUUAGGAGUGCGCUUCUGGCUGCAUCUAUAAAUGCCCACACCUGGGCGGUCGCCAGGACAGUCCACGAGCGGACCACGACAGAGGAGACGAUCGAGAAGAGAAUUGACUCAUUGCUUGAAGUGCAGAGAGAGCAAGGCAGGUCGUCUCACCCAGUUUCCCUCAUGUCUUUUUUCGAGUGCACCCGUGACCGUCUGCGUGCAUUAUUCGAAGUGAUCAACAGCGCGGUUGCAAACAUUGCUGGCAUCUCCAUCUAA